AGAUAACAACAUCCGGUUUUAUGAUCAGUGCAGAAAGAUUUCACCGGUUGUCUCAGCUAUUAUUUCAAAGCCGAGAAAUAUAUUGCACUAAAAAAGCAAUCAUGACGAAAGCAUUGGUGAUUUUGUCUGAAGGGGCAGAGGAAAUGGAAACUGUCAUUAGCGUGGACGUCCUUAGACGCGGUGGUAUUGAAGUGACUGUUGCUGGCCUGGAGGGAUCAGACCCUGUCCUGUGCAGUCGGGAUGUGAGGAUCGUGCCUGACAAGGCUCUCAGUGACACCACAGGGAUCUUCGAUGUCGUUAUCUGCCCUGGGGGAGCUAAGGGGGCAAAAAAUUUGGCAGAGUCUCCAGAAGUUGGCAGCAUUUUACAAAAGCAAGAAAAGGAAGGUCGUUACAUAGCUGCAAUUUGUGCAGCCCCUAUAGCCCUGGCCAGUCACAAGAUUGCUGUAGGCAAGUCCCUUACAUCACACCCAAGUGUCAAGGAUAAACUGGUGCAGGCUGGGUACAAAUAUUCAGAAGAGCGCGUUGUGCAGGACGGGAAACUGAUCACCAGUCGGGGCCCCGGCACCACUUUUGAGUUCGCGCUAAAAAUAGUUGAGGUCCUCCAGGGGGCAGAGAAAGCCAACUCCCUUGUGAACCCCAUGCUGUUGAAGUUAUAAUGAAGGAAAACACCCUUUGUGAACCCCAUGCUCUUAAAGUUAAGAUGGGAAAGUGAUUGUGGAUAUGGUGUGGUUGAAACUGCAGUCAAGUUCUGGUACUCCCGUGUUGAAUCUUCAGCAUGAAUUGACGGAUGAUGAGUGGAACUAAAGAUUGGUGUAGUGUUGAUGUGUGCCAUUAUUUUGUUGUAUAAUAUGUUGCUUUAAAGGCCUAGAUAAGCUUUGUCAUAGCCAGCUCGUCAUGUCGUGUCGUCUGCCGUAGGCAUCGUGCUAAAACCUUAACAUUGGCUCUAAUAUCAAAGUGCUCCCACCUACAUUUUUAUGCCCCCCUUCGAAGAAGAGGGGGUAUAUUGUUUUGCACAUGUCGGUAGGUCAGUCGGUCUGUUCGUCCACCAGAUGGUUUACGGAUGAUGACUCAAGAACACUUAGGCCUAGGAUCAUGAAACUUCAUAGGUGCAUUGAUCAUGACUGGCAGAUGACCCCUAUUGAUUUUCAGGUCACUAGGUCAAAGGUCAAGGUGACAGUGACUCGAAAUAGUAAAACAGUUUCAGGAUGAUAACUCAAGAACGCUAUUGAUUUUCAGGUCACUAGGUCAAAGGUCAAGGUCACAGUGACUCAAAACAGAAAAAUGGUUUCCGAAUGAUAACUCUAGAACCCUUACACCUAGUAUCAUGAAACUUCAUAGGUACAUUGAUCACGAUUCACAGAUGACCCCUAUUGAUUUUCAGGUCAAAGGUUAAGGUCACAGUGACUCGAAACAGAAAAAUGGUUUCCGGAUGAUAACUCAAGAACGCUUACGCCUAGGAUCAUGAAAAUUCAUAGGUACAUUGAUCAUGACUGGCAAAUGACCCCUAUUGAUGUUCAGGUCACUAGGUCAAAGGUCAAGGUCACAGUGACUCGACACAUUAAAAUGGUUUCCGGAUUAUAACUCAACAAUGCUUAGACCUAGGAUCAUGAAACUUCAUAGGUACAUUGAUCAUGACUGGCAGGUGACCCCUAUUAUUUCUCAGGUCACUUGGUCAAAGGUCAAGGUCACAGUGACAAAAAACGUAUUCACACAAUGGCUGCCACUACAACUGACAGCCCAUAUAGGGGGCAUGCAUGUUUUACAAACAGCCCUUGUUGAAACUUCAUAUGUAGCUGCACAUUGUUGAGUUCUAGAUGCCACACCCAUUUUUGGGUCACUAGGUCAAAGGACAAGGUCACUGUGACCUCUAAAAAAAAAAAUCUUUUCUUUUGACAAGCUUUCAUUUAUUAGCUCAUCUAUUUUUUGAAAAAAAAAUUAUGAGCUAUUGUCAUCACCUUGGCGUCGGCGUCCGGUUAAGUUUUGCGUUUAGGUCCACUUUUCUCAGAAAGUAUCAAUGCUAUUGCAUUCAAACUUGGUACACUUACUUACUAUCAUGAGGGGACUGGGCAGGCAGAGUUAGAUAACUCUGGCGUGCAUUUUGACUGAAUUAUGUGCCCUUUUUAUACUUAGAAAAUUGAAAAUUUUGGUUAAGUUUUGCGUUUAGGUCCACUUUUUUCAGAAAGUAUCAAUGCUAUUGCAUUCAAACUUGGUACACUUACUUACUAUCAUGAGGGGACUGGGCAGGCAAAGUUAGAUAACUCUGGCGUGCAUUUUGACAGAAUUAUGUGCCCUUUUUAUACUUAGAAAAUUGAAAAUUUUGGUUAAGUUUUGUGUUUAGGUCCAUUUUAUUCCUUAAGUAACAAAGCUAUUGCUUUUAUACUUGCAACACUUGCUAACUAUCAUAAGGGGACUGUGCAGGCAAAGUUUUUUUAACUCUGACUGGCAUUUUGACAGAAUUAUGCGCCCUUUUUAUACUUAGAAAAUUGAAAAUUUGGUAAAGUUUUGUGUUUAGGUCCACUUUAUUCCUACAGUAACAAAGCUAUUGCUUUCAUACUUGCAACACUUAUUAACUAUCAUAAGGGGACUGUGCAGGCAAAGUUAUGUAACUCUGACUGGCAUUUUGACGGAAUUAUGGGCCAUUUAUACUUAGAAAAUUGAAAAUUUGGUUAAGUUUUGUGUUUUGGUCCACUUUACCCCUAAAGUAUCAUAGAUAUUGCUUUCAUACUUGGAACACUCGCAAACUAGCAUAAGGGUACAGUAAAAGGACAAGUUGCAUAACUCUGGUUGUCAUUUUUACGGAAUUAUGGCCCUUUUUUGUCUUAGUAACUUUGAAUAUAUGGUUAAAUUUUGUGUUUCGAUCCACUUUACUUCUUAAGUAUCAAGGCUAUUGCUUUCAAACUUCAAAUACUUACAUGCUAUCAUGAGGUUACUGUACCUGGCAAGUUGAAUUUUACCUUGACCUUUGAAUGACCUUGACUCUCAAGGUAAAAUUAUUAAAUUUUGCUAUAAUUGCCAUAACUUCUUUAUUUAUGAUUAGAUUUGAUUGAUACUUUGACAAAACUACUCUUACCUGACAUACCACACUAGACUCCACCCAAACCAUCCCCCGUGCCCUCCCCC